AUGCGCGUGUUCCGCUUCGCCAUCGACCGCGGCGGCACCUUCACGGACGUGUACGCCGAGAUGGACGUGCUGGACGCCCAGGGCAACGUCGUGGAGGUGCGCCCCAAGGUCAUCAAGCUGCUGUCGGAAGAUCCGGCCAACUACCCGGACGCCCCUCGAGAGGGCAUCCGCCGCGUGCUGGAGAUCAUGACGGGCGUCCCGCACCCGCGCGACCAGCCCGUGGACACGUCCAAGAUCCAGAGCAUCCGCAUGGGCACCACCGUGGCCACCAACGCCCUGCUGGAGAGGAACGGGGAGCGCACGGUGCUCGUCACCACGCAGGGCUUCCACGACCUGCUGUACAUCGGCAACCAGUCCCGUCCCAAGAUCUUCGACCUCGAGAUCCACAUGCCAGACACGCUGUACGACUCGGUGAUUGAGGUGGACGAGCGUCUGCAGGUCGUGAACAACGAGAAGGACCGUCUCCCGACGGACGAGAAGGGCAUCAGCGGCGACUACAUCCGCGUGAUCAAGGAUCUGGAUGUAGAGGAUAUUACCAAGAAGCUGCAGGCCGCGCGUGACGACGGCGUGGAGAGCGUGGCGAUUGUGCUGCUGCACUCGUACACGUUCCCGCGUCACGAGCAGCAGGUGCGCGACAUUGCGACCAAGCUGGGCUUCACGCAGGUCUCGCUGUCGUCGGAGGUCAUGCCGAUGGUGAAGGCGGUGCCGCGUGGUUUCACGACCUGCGCUGACGCUUACCUCACGCCCGUGAUCAAGAAGUACGUGGCGUCGUUCUGCGCUGGCUUUGGCGAGGGCUUGGAGCAGGUGAACAUCAGCUUCAUGCAGAGCGACGGUGGACUGGCACGGAUGAAGCACUUCCACGGUCAUCGCGCGAUCCUGUCUGGCCCCGCUGGUGGCGUGGUGGGCUACGCUCGUACUACGCGACCUCCUGAGGCGCCGGGUGCUGCCUCCGUGCAGCCUGCGGUUAUUGGUUUCGACAUGGGUGGCACCUCCACGGACGUCUCCCGCUUUGACGGCAAGUUCGAGCACGUUCUCGAGAGCGUGACGGCCAACGUUACUGUGCGCGCACCGCAGCUCGACAUCCAGACGGUGGCUGCGGGAGGUGGCUCGCGUCUCUUCUACAAGAAUGGUCUAUUCCUUGUCGGCCCGGAGUCGGUGCGCGCGCACCCCGGACCCGUGUGCUACCGCAAGAAUGGCUACUUGAGCGUCACCGACGCUAACCUCGUCACUGGACGCAUUCUGCCAGACUUCUUCCCUAAGAUCUUUGGCCCCAAUGAGGACGAGCCGCUGGAUGUGGCCGGCUCGCAGCGAGCGUUUGAAGAGCUCACGAAGGAAAUCAACGCCUCGUCGGGCGCCAACGGUGCCAAGUACACAAUGGAGGAAGUGGCGUCGGGUUUCCUGCGCGUGGCCAACGAGGCCAUGUGCCGUCCUAUCCGUAACCUUACGCAGAACAAGGGCUAUGACAUCAACACGCACAUUCUGGCAUGCUUCGGAGGUGCUGGACCGCAGCAUGCUUGCUCCAUCGCCAAGGCGCUGGGUAUGUCCAAGGUCUACAUCCACCGUUACAGCGGUAUCCUCUCGGCGUACGGCUUGAGUGUGGCAGACAGCGUGGUCGACAAGCAACUGCCCUCCUCGGCGGAGUACAGUGCCGCCACCAAGCCUGCUCUGAUCAGCAGUCUUACGAAGAUCGCUGAUGAAGCUGUGAACGAGCUGGUCGCUGAUGGCUUCCAGCACGAGGAUGUCCAAGUGCAGUACUUCCUUAACAUGCGCUACGAAGGUACCGACAACGCCGUCAUGACGCGCGGUCCUGUUGGAGCUAAGGGCGAUUCGACUGCCACUAGCGCGAGUGUCCUGGCUGGAUUUGAUUUUGAGGCCACCUUCGUCAAGAAGUACCAGCGCGAGUUCGGUUUCGUGCUGCAGAACCGUGCAAUUCUCAUUGACGAUGUCCGUGUCCGUGCCACGGUGUCCCCUGACCUGAAGGACCCUGCACUGAAGGCCACGGGCAACCAAGAGAAGGCUUGGAAGGAUAUCCCCGUCUACCUGCACGAAGAGCUGAUGGAGAGGCGUGGCGCCAAGUACAGUGGACCGGCGAUCAUUAUGCAAGGCACGGCGACCGUUGUUGUGGAGCCCGAGUGGGAGGUGCAGAUCAUGCCUAGCGGUGAUCUGUUCUUGGUCUCUGUUACUGAAGCUGCAGGCCAGGAGAAGGACCAACCCGUUCUGCGCUCCGAAGACGUGCCGCUUGACCCCAUUCAGCUCUCAGUGUUCUCGCACCGAUUCAUGGGUAUUGCCGAGCAGAUGGGUCGCACGCUGGCCCGCACUUCCGUGUCUGUGAACAUCAAGGAGCGCUUGGACUUCUCGUGUGCCUUGUUCGGCCCGGAUGGCGGACUUGUGGCGAACGCGCCGCAUCUUCCUGUCCACCUGGGCGCUAUGCAGCAGGCUGUGCGUCACCAGCUCAAGUUCUGGGGAGACGAUCUCUCUGACGGAGACGUGCUGGUGUCCAACCACCCGCAGCUCGCUGGCGGGUCCCACCUGCCCGACAUCACGGUCAUCACGCCAGUUUUCGACAAAACCAGCGGCAAGAUCGAGUUCUUCGUGGCUAGCCGUGGUCACCACGCAGACAUCGGUGGAAUUUCGCCUGGAUCGAUGCCUCCUCUCUCGAAGACGCUGUCGGAAGAAGGCGCAGCGAUUGUGGCGUUCAAGCUAGUGGACGGCAAGGUUGGCGAGUUCCGUGAGAAGGAGAUCACCGACAUCCUGCUGCAGAAGGACCGUGUCGACGACCAGGGACGCCCUUGCAUCGGCACGCGCAACUUGCGCGACAACCUGUCGGACCUGCGCGCACAAGUGGCCGCCAACCAGCGUGGUGUGGUGCUGAUGCACGAGCUCUGCGCUGAGUACUCGCUCCCGGUGGUCACUGCCUACAUGAACUACAUCCAACAAGCGGCCGAGAUCGCAGUGCGCAACAUGCUUAACGAGUUCUCGCUGCAGCGCAAGCUGCCUGAGGUGGGCGUGGUGAACGCCGAGGACUUCAUGGAUGACGGCACGAGAAUUGCACUGCAGAUCACGAUCGACCGCCGCACCAACUCGGCCGUGUUCGACUUUGCCGGCACUGGACCGGAAGUCUUCGGAAACGUCAACACGCCCCCGGCCGUGACGUAUUCCGCUAUCAUCUACUGUCUGCGCUGCUUGCUGCCUGGCGAGGACCUGCCGCUCAACCAGGGCUGUCUGACUCCGAUCGAGGUGCGCUUCCCAGCUGAGGGCAGCAUUCUGAACCCGAGCGAGAACGCUGCUGUUGUCGGAGGAAACGUUCUCACCAGUCAGCGCAUCACGGACGUGAUCCUCAAGGCUUUCGGCGCCUGCGCCGCCUCUCAGGGCUGCAUGAACAACCUCACAUUUGGCAGCGCUACGCUGGGCGGCUACUACGAGACCAUUGCCGGUGGUGCCGGUGCCGGUCCGUCGUGGAACGGCCGUAGCGGCAUCCACACGCACAUGACCAACACGCGUAUCACGGACCCCGAAAUCCUGGAGAAGCGUUUCCCCGUGCUGCUGCGUGCCUUCCACCUUCGCGAAGGAUCCGGCGGUGCCGGCAAGUUCCGUGGUGGUGAUGGUGUGGUGCGUCAGCUCGAGUUCCUGGAGAGCAUGACGGUCAGCAUCCUGUCGGAGCGACGUGCCUUCCAGCCUUACGGUCUGGAGGGCGGUGAGCCUGGUGCUCGCGGCAUCAACUUGCUUCAGCGUAAGGGCGGUCGCACUGUCAAUCUCGGCGGCAAGAACACCGUGGACGUGCUGCCAGGCGAGGUCUUGACGCUGUACACGCCCGGCGGUGGCGGUUUCGGAGCUGCCAACUAA